CUAUUGUGUGGAACUAAACCGGCGGCUGGAGUUACGGUGAAACUCUGGGAAGAAGAUGAUGGGCCGGAUCCUGAUGACCUCCUCGAUCAAGGCCAAACAAGCGCCCAAGGCACAUUUACUCUGAAGGGAUCAGAACGCGAACUCACCACCAUUGAUCCCGUGUUCAAAGUGUACCAUGACUGCGAUGACGGAAUCAAGCCUGGCAAACGAAAGGUGAAGUUCCGCAUCCCUAAGUCCUACAUCACUAAUGGACCUGUUGCUAAACGCACGUUCGAUAUUGGAGUGCUCAAUCUGGAGACCAUUUUCCCCGAAGAGGAACGCGAAUUGAUUUAA